AUGGCUACCAGCGUUCCUAACCAUCGCAUGAUUGAGAACAAAAUCUGUGCUGAUGGUGCUUUUAUUGUCAUUAUAUCAAGAGCUGUUUUGUUCGAAAUCACCCUGCGAGCCUCUGAAUUCUUCGGCACCUCUCUAGAAUCACAGGUUAAUGAGUGGCUGAAGAAAGUUAACAGAAGUGAAAAAGCCACAGAUUUCGAAGAAGCCUCCAACGAUAGCGAAAAUUUCGAAGAAUUCUGGGACUGCCUACAAAGUUUUACCUUUCCUCGAGCUCACGCACUGCAGUUGCUGCCAAUUGAUAAACUAAUCACAGCGGUUCCCACUGUUUAUAGAUGCUUUUCCAAAUCUACUCUUCCCACGAUAAGCGCGUCAAUUUCAGGCCUUCCUCCUGGUGUCCCCAAGGUCAGCGCAGCCGAUGUGCUCAUUUACCAGGACCCAGAUAGCGAAUUCGACCAUACCUGUGACAUACCGCGACAUGUCCAGGUAGCGGAACGCGGCCUACUUUUUAAACCUGCCAACAAUACCAGUGCUUUCAUCAAUGAAGUAUCAGCGCUCAGCCGUGUUUCAGAACUCGGCCUGUCAAUCAAUGUGUCGAAGCUCUAUGCUAUCGUGCUAUCUGAGAAUGGGAAGAUAAUCCUUGGCAUCUUGAUUGAUUGGCUUCCAUUCGGGUCACGAAAUCUCUGGAGCGACACAUUAGCCAUCGCCUGA